CUUCUUCGAACUCUCCAUCACUACCACCUUCCUCUUCCUCAUCCCCUCGUCAAUAUGGUGAGCGUCGUGCAGAGAUAACGCCACGCCAAUACUCUGCCGUCGCCAAAGCCUUCGUCGUCGUCGUCACUUGUCACCGUCGUCGAGGCAUGGGUGAAAAUGCUUGUCGGUGAAGCUGGAGAGGGGAGGCAGCUGAACGGGCGAUGGUGUAUCUGGCACCAGCGGCGGACAGAGGGCUAUUGGAGAUAGCUCGCAGGAUCUGUCUGCCACAACGAAGAACAAAGAGCUCAGCAGGGGUAGAUUAGCUGGCUAAUUGUGGGAGAGGUGCCGCGAAGCGGACUUGGCCAACGACGACGACGACGACGACGGCUGGCAGGCAUUUGCGCGACGGCAAAGCAUGUCGACGAUGCCUCUUUGCGCAGCUACUAACCCAUCUUCGCUCUCCCUCCUCCCUCCUCGCUCUCAGGUUCGCGGUCCCAGGAAGCACAUGAAGCGGCUUGCCGCCCCCUCGUCUUGGAUGCUUGCCAAGCUCGGCGGCACCUACGCCCCCAGGCCCGCGCCCGGCCCGCACAAGCUGCGCGAGUCGCUCCCCAUGAUCGUCCUCCUCCGUAACCGCCUGAAGUACGCUCUUACUGGCCGUGAGGUCAUUGCCAUCACCGCCCAGCGUCUCAUCAAGGUCGACGGCAAGGUCCGCACUGAGCCCACCUACCCCACCGGCUUCCAGGACGUCGUCUCCAUCGAGAAGUCGGGCGAGCACUUCCGUAUCCUCUACGACGUCAAGGGUCGCUUCGUUGUCCACCGCAUCACCCCCGAGGAGGCAUCUUACAAGCUCCUCAAGGUCAAGAAGGCGCAGCUCGGUGCCAAGGGCGUCCCCUUCAUCGCUACCCACGACGGCCGCACCAUCCGCUACCCUGACCCCGUCAUCCGCGUCGGUGACACUGUCCGCUACAACAUCGAGACUGGCAAGCUCGAGGAGCACAUCCACCUCGACACCGGCAUCACCUGCAUGGUCACUGGCGGUCGUAACCAGGGUCGUGUGGGCACCCUCGUCGGCCGUGAGAAGCACAUUGGUGGCUUCGACAUUGGACACGUCCGUGAUGCGCUGGGAAGGGACUUCUCGACGAGGAUGAGCAACAUCUUCGCCAUUGCGCCCCAGGACUCGAAGCCGUGGAUCUCGAUCCCCAAGGGUGGAGGAAUCAAGCUCUCCAUUGCUGAGGAGCGCGACCAGCGUCGUCGCCAGAAGGAGUCGCGUGAGGCAUAAUCGCGGUAAUCAUCAUCGAACACGACCAAACACCACGCGCACCUACCCUCGCUCGUAGAGGGCGAAGGGGAGGGAUGUGACGCACAUCAUCAGCACUUGCACACGCUUUCUCUCCUUCUUGUACCAUUUUGUGUCCCGUCUUUGAACCAAUCCAAAAGCGAGACUUUUCCCAUGAGCGCGGCGAGAUCAGUCUGAUCGAGCG